AUGACGGCCCCGUCCAUCCGCAUCCCGUUUACUGGCCCGUUGCCUGCGCCGAUUAUCGUGCCUCCGUCCGCUCGCACGGUCUCAGGAGCAAUCGAUGCUCUCCUGUCCUUCCUGACAUCUCCCCCCUCUCCCUACCUUCGAGGGGUGGACGUGGGCAGAAAUGCGCAGACGGUCGUGUUGACUGGUGCUGGGAUCUCGGUAGCAUCGGGGUUGUCUGACUAUCGCGGCGAGAACGGUACUUAUGUCACAAACAAGACUUACCGGCCAAUUUAUUUCCAUGAAUUCGUGAAGCGGCAUGACUUUCGCAAGCGAUAUUGGGCUCGAAGCUUCGUCGGCUGGCCAGGUUUGGUGAAGGCGAAGCCAAAUCUGACACACUGGGCUAUUCGGGAUCUCGGUGCCAAAGGCUAUAUCAGUUCGGUGGUGACCCAGAAUGUCGACUCCUUCCAUUCUAUCGCCCAUCCGGAUCUCACAACCUUGGAACUGCACGGUUAUCUGCGAUCCGUUGUCUGUCUGAGCUGUCGGAAUCAGUUCCCUCGUGAGGAAUUCCAGCAGUCACUGGAACGACUAAAUCCAGCAUGGGCCGAAUUCUUAGCGAGGAUGGUUGAGUCCGGGGCGCUUGAUACCGAUCAUCCGGAGGUGCAACGGCAGAAGGGCUUGAAGCUAAACCCCGAUGGCGAUGUGGAUCUAGCUGAGGCGCCAUACUCUACAUUUAGAUAUCCGUCUUGUCCGACUUGUCUAGAAAAGCCCCCUCGACUGCAAGACGGCACCCCGACCCGGGUCGAGGUUGAGAGUGACGGAGCCUGGCUACCUAGCUCUACCGCUGGUGUUUUGAAACCGGCAGUGGUUAUGUUCGGGGAGAAUAUUGAUCCCCGUGUAAAAGUGGCCGCCGAGGAGGCCAUUGACGAUGCUGGGAGAUUACUGGUGAUUGGCAGUAGUCUUGCUACAUAUUCUGCAUGGAGGCUGGUCGAACGGGCCCACAAGAGAGGCAUGCCGAUAGGCAUUAUCAACAUUGGAGGAGUGCGCAACGAGUCAGCACUCUUUGGAUCGGCACACGAUGAUCCCGUCGCCGCAUCUCAUAUCCGGUGCAGCUUGCAUUCCGAGUCGGUUCUCCCACCCGUGGUAUCGCAGCUUCCAGAACUUACCCGGUUGUAA